AUGUACAGUCGGACUACGCUUAAAGAAAAGAAUGCUGCGAGGCAAAAGAGCCAAAGGGCGGAAGAAGAGAAAAAAAAUGAUCUUAAAUCCGAUAUUUUAUGUAUCAUCAUGCCGAUCUAUCACAUAAGUAAGAUUUGUGGAUUACUCCCAGUGAGAUUUGUAUUUCGGAAAGCUGGUAGAUACAGUGGAAUUAUCGAUUUCACGCAAGUAUGUUACGGAAUCAUGCUGUUAUUGGCUUUAACGGGAGGCCAGUGUUACGGCCUCUAUCGUGAUCUACGCGAUGGCUGGCAAAAGAGCACAAGGCUAUCCUCGGAGUCGUCGAUCACCGUUACUUGCAGCGACGUAUUCGCCGUGAUCAGCGUAGCUGCCGUCGUAAUCCUCGACUCGCCGCGUCGCUGGCCUCAUCUCCAACGUGCACUCGACAAGCUUGUCGACAUUGACCAGAAAUUGGACGUAGUUACGUCGUCGAAUCUUCGCAAGCUGUCAGUCACUGUUAUUUCUUGUAAUAUCGCCUAUCUAAUCAUUACGUCGAGUCUAGAUAUUUUUUCGAGGAGUAUAUCAGCCACUGACGAAAGUGGCGAGGUCAGCGGUGACAAGGGUCCCAUAAAUUAUAUUCCCAUAUACUUUAUGUAUCUGGUCAUUGUCACUUUCGAAGUGCAGUAUGCUGUCGUCUUAUUCAAUAUUGGCGAAAGAUUUCUGAAGCUCAACCAAGUUGUCGAGCAUCUCAGUGUGAAGAAUAAUGUCGUUAUAAAAUUCUUGCGCAACGACACGAGCCUUGGUAAUUAUUCUAUGAGAAUGUUAGGAAUAAUGACGUUCGGCUCUCCAAUCUUGGCGAAUACAGCCAACACAAUCGAUCGAGCAAAGCUUCUGACCAAGGUGACACUCCAAACCACAACCAAUGUUUACUCGAGAUACAAUGAAAGAUUUGCAGACGCAGCAGGGGACAAUGUGGCAGAGUCCGUAGAUCAGCUGAUAACACUGCACGGCAUACUUUGCCAGAGCGUCAACUGUAUAAACAAAGCCUACGGCGCUGCUAUACUCAUGGGAACGAUCAGCUGUCUCAUACACCUAAUCAUAACUCCCUACUUUCUCUACAAUCACGUCUACAGCCGUAACCCCAACAAUUGGCUCUUGCUUAUUCUCCAAUUCUGCUGGAUGCUCUUUCAUCUUUGCAGGAUACUGCUUUUCGUACAGCCUUGCCAUAUGGUUAUCAGCAAGGCAAAGGAAACGGGAGCUUUGGUUAACCGAGCAUUGAUCGUCGACUGGAGUCCCGAAGUGCAAAAGCAGUUGAAAAUAUUUGCCAUACAAUUGCUACAGAGGCCCAUUGAGUUCAGUGUUUGCGGAUUGUUCUACUUGAAUCGAAGCUUGAUCACAUCGAUCGCGGGAUCGGUAACCACUUACUUGGUGAUUCUCGUUCAAUUUCAAACGGCCGAUGACACUAAGGGCACGAAAAAUUUGAUAGAAAACGCAUCAGAGCUGCUCAAGAAUGUGUCGAACUUCAAAAAUAUAUUUUCAAUAAAAUAGUGGACAAAUCUACUGCGACGUCGCCGCUCAUAGUAAUACAUUUUGUUCAUCAAUUGUUACAAUCCAUUAAUAUGUUUAGAUAGAGUUGAUUAGAUAAUAGUCGAAAGCUAAAUCGCUAAUGAAUGCUCGUAUUAUAAAGAGCCACGUGUUUGAUACGAGCAUUCUCAAUGCGUAGCAGCACCAUUUCUGCAUGUGCGCUCAAAAAAUGGAUGAGCUUUUAACGUAUUAUAAUGUGUUUACGGUUGAAAUACAUGAGAGCUUACAUCCGUGCGUUGGUAUUAUAAGUGCAAUGAUAUACUGAAUACUAAACAAUGUGAACUGGAAAUGAAUAAAUCCUACGCCUAAUUUUUUCUCGAAAUCGAUUUUAACAAUAACAGUAGGUAUAUAAUAAGCGGUUAUGAAACGAAGUGUAGUAGCGUCGUCUCUAAAUCGUUCCCGCGCAAUGUCGCCAUCUACUAUAUACGUAUUAUAGAAAAUCGAAACAGUGUUUAUAAAAGUAAUUUUAUAACCACUUAAAGCCUAUUUUUUUAAUUUUCGACACUCCGUGCAUAAAGUA